AUGCCACCUCGUCAGCAGGCCCUGCGCCCGCAGCCCGCGGUCCGGCUCUCGAUCGCCCCCAGCCGGCCAGGCAGCGAGAAGGACACGGCGCGGAAGCUGGGGAACGUUCCAGAAGGAGCCCUGGGGGCGCCCAGAAGGGGGCGCUGCCGGGACGCACUGAGGUGUCAUUCUUGCGAGAGAGAGAAUGACUUCAGCUGCACCAGUCCAACACAGUGUUCAGAUAAAGAAGUUUUUUGCGUUGUCGCCGCCAUCAAGAUAUUCCCGCGCUUCUACAUGGUCUCCAAGCAGUGCUCCCAGUACUGCCCCAUCAUCACUGUCCCUGCGCCCCCGACCCCCAAGCCCUUCAUCAUCGGGAAACGCACGCCCUUCUUGUACGCCAGGUGCUGCAAGCAGUCCCUGUGCAACGACUGGGGCCCGGAGGUGAACGAGACCACGUUCCGAGAUUUUCUCGGGAGCGCGAGUGAGCGGCAGGGCUCAGGGGGUGGCCGGGCCGUGUGUUUGACGCUGACCGCUGCCAUCCUGGGCCAGAGCCUGCCCUGA